AUGGAUGAAAUCCAGCCAGAGGUUUACAUGCUCAGCCGAGAUGCUGAGGAAUCCGCGCGGCUCAACAGCCAACAUGUCUUCCUACUCGAAGUCUACGGUAAUAACUUGAUUCAUCCGUCUAUUCCCAAAGAGAACAUUCAGAGCGUGGCGGAUAUUGCGACUGGAACGGGAAUUUGGUUACGAGAUGCGGCCACCGUGUUAGGCAUGCAGAAUCGCAAUCCUUCAAGUCCGUACUACCUGCACGGUUUCGACAUCUCAUCAGUCCAGUUCCAGCCCGUUGCUACGCAGACCAAUGCAGAAAUCUACCUAUCCCUGCAGAACUGCCUCAAGCCUUUCCCACCGGAGCAUCAUGGGCGGUAUGAUUUUGUGCAUGUGCGAUUAUUAAUUGGCGCUCUCAGAAAGGGCGAAUACGAGCUUGCCAUAAAGAACAUCUUCGAUAUCCUGAAACCAGGUGGCUACUUCCAAUGGGAAGAAGCCAACGCGCACUCCAUCACAAGUGAUAUAACCCCCCAACCCCCAAGCUUCACCGAAUCGCGUCGCCUUGUCCUCGACUGCGUAGAGAAGUCCGGCCUCCUCAUAGUGCCGGCUAACUACAUUAAGAGCGAAGCCAAACGCAUCGGCUUUGGUAACCUCCACAUCGAGGAAUACUAUACUGCUUCAAGACCGCAUUUGCGAGACUGGUCCCGCGUCUGGCUUACUCGGUUGCUCCAAUCAUUGAUACCGAUGGCCAUGAUUAGACUUGGAAAGGCGAGUGAGGAAGAUGUUGCUGAGGAAAUGGCGGAGGAAUUGAUAGCUGAGUUUGAGAGGGAAUGUUCCGAGGCAACAGUGGGAUUGACAAUGGAGAUGGUUAUUGGGAAGAAGCCGGAAAGACGAGGGAGUCUGCUGUAA